AUGAAGUUCACUUUGAACACCAUCAUGGUGCUCUGGGCACUAAUGCUCCUGGCAACUGUCUCCGUCGGCAGCAUCAACCUGGAGGCUCUCCAAGAGCUUCACCGCCGAGAGGCCCUUGGUCGUCGAGCUGUUAUGGCCUACCCGAUCAUUCCAGCUCCUGAUCCCAUGGAAAUCAUUUCCCCUGAGACCAUCAUCGGUACUGGCUACAGUCUCACAACCAUCUCAGCUGUUACCACCCUUUCCGGCGACGAGCCAAGUGGUCCUAUCACCAUCGUUUCCACUGUGACCGACACCGAAUGCCCCGAGAGCACAACUCUUACCAAGACUCUUGUCACUGUGACCAAGUGUCCUGGGAGUGCUGGCUGCACUGGCUUGGUUCCCGGAGCUCAGACUACUAGUGCCAGCGUGGCCGAAGAGUUCACCACCAGAAUUGUCACCCAGACCACAUGCCCUCACGUUGGCCCAUGCACCACGAAGCUCACUACCUUGGUUACUUCCGCUGGAAAUCCCGGCACUGGUACAGCUGUAGUGCCCAUUCCUACCGGCGGCCAUUACUCCAACACUACUGAGAUUGUUGUGACAGCUUCGCCGGCCAACAAUCCGGGCGGCUCUCACAGCAAGAGCCCUACUGGUCCCACCACUGUUGCCACUUCUACCCCUAAGUUCAAUGGUGCCCAGCGUCAACAGGCUAUUGUGAACCAGCUCAUUGUGGUGGCAGUUUUCAUGGUGCUCCUCUUCGAAAUCAUGUGA